CCUUUAAAAUGUCUCAAAAGAGACAACACAGAUCCUCAAAAUGAAACACACACGGCGCGGUAGUUGUAUUUGCCAGCGACAUGAUUGGUGUCCGUGCAGUCAGUGUUCCAGCGGAGGGACGCAGCAGCAGGCACCUGACUGCCGAGCAUCUCUUUUGCAAAGUUCUUCGCACGUCAGGCUCCUCCCUGCUUCCUGCAGCCAAUCGACAUAUGAUAAGAUUUAAGAUUCGCCACAAGAGGAGAGAGUCCAUGCAGAGUGAGGCAACUUGUCUGCUCAAAGAGAUGAAUCUGGAGGAGCACAACGGCCCGGCAGCGGGCUGCUGCAACGGCAAACUGAGGCAGUGGCUGAUCGAUCAGAUUAAUAGCAAGAAAUACCCCGGCCUGGUUUGGGAAAACCACGAGAAAACCAUCUUCAGGAUUCCGUGGAAGCACGCGGGCAAGCAGGACUAUAACCGAGAGGAGGAUGCUGCGCUCUUCAAGGCGUGGGCUUUGUUCAAGGGGAAAUAUAAAGAAGGCGUGGACAAGCCAGACCACACCACGUGGAAAACCAGGCUUCGCUGCGCCCUCAACAAAAGUAACGACUUUGAUGAGCUGACACACAGAACCCAGCUGGACAUCUUGGAACCUUACAAAGUCUACAGGAUCAUUCCAGAAGCGGCCAAAAGAGGAACGAAGAUGAGCGCCAGUACAGAAGGUGCAUCCCGUUCCUUUGAUAUGAUUCCUCCCUAUUCAACACUGCUCAGCCAGGAGAUAAGAGACUGGAGAGAUUGCAAACGUCCCGAACAACACCCCGUCGCUCCUGUACGUCACUGCGGAUCGCACGCAGAGUUCCCAUAUUCUCAAUUCUCGUCGGCGAUCGGCCGAGCUUGGCCUGAGCCGCAGUCAGAAAACGGCUUUCCGUUCCCCUUCCACCCCUGCAUGUCGGAGGCCCAACAACCUUUGUAUACGACGGACGACAGCAGUAUGAUAACAGAUUUCAGCCUGCAUGUGUCCCUAUUCUACAGAGAGUCUUUGGUGAAGGAGGUGACCACCAGCAGCCCCGAAGGUUGUCGCAUCACCCCUCAUUCCUCCUCCUCCCCCUCGCCGCCAUCCACUUCCCCGUGCCCCCCGGAGAUUCACAGCGGGGCGGAUAUCGUUCUCUUUCCGUUGCCGUUCCCCGAGUCUCAAAGGCAGGGCGCCGAGAGGCUUCCUGAUAUCCUGGAGCGGGGAGUGAUGCUGUGGAUGACGCCCGACGGCCUUUACGCCCGGCGCCUUUGCCGAGGCCGCGUGUUCUGGGAGGGACCCCUUGCUCCCUAUGUGGAUAAACCCAAUAAACUGGAGAAAGAUAUGCCGUGUAAACUCUUUGAUACCCAGCAAUUUCUGAAUGAGCUUCAAGAUUUUGCCCACAAUGGACGACGUGUGCCGAAACACCAGGUGGUUCUUUGUUUUGGAGACGAGUACCCCAACCCACAGCGUCCAAGAAAGAUGAUCACAGCUCAGGUGGAGCCAGUGUUUGCCAGAAACUUGUUCAACUAUUACCAGCAGAGCAAUGGCCACUACUCGCAGACUUACCAACACACCCGGGAACAGAACACAUCGGGUCCAAACGCCCUUCUGUCCCAGAGACCCUCACACAUCUAGGAGUGACGCACACAAGCGCAACCUUUAUCACAUCUAUCAAUGACACAAUGUGGGGAGGCCCCUAUUCAAUCACCCCCCACACACACACCAGAUCCCCCAGCACGCCUAUACAUUGCUGAGUCUCUUUACGUGCGCUUUACGAAUAUUUCUGACUGUGUGUGCGAAGGAUGCGGUUUUACGGGCUGGGGGCAUUCUGACAGGAAAUACUACCACAGGUGCACAGGAAGUACGGCCCCUCACAAGAACACAGGGAUAACGCAUUCUGUGAAUAAAUAUGUAUGUCAUAAAAAUGUACCGACAGAAGGUGACACAGUAGUCCAUAGUUGAGAAAGUAUUUGUCAACAGAGCUUGAUACACGUACACAUCCACUAAUUAUGCUUUUUAGCAUCUUGACACUUUUGCCCUCAUAAAUUCACUAUCAUUUCAAAUACUGUGCCACUUGAUGUGAUCAUAUUAUGUGCGGGAUUUUUAUAGAUGGGCAUGAUCAACAAUUCAUCGAAUAACGGGCUGUUGGCCGAUCGUGUUUGAAUUGAUUAUCGAUGAGUCGUGUCUUGAAGCAGUCGAGCCCAAAUGGAGUGCUUGGGGGCGCCGCUGAUUCGGCUAGUUUGUUAAGGACAACAAAGUGAGGUCAGCUGUGAGAAGUCAGGCUACAUCGGCGCUAUGGCGCCGCUCGUCCGGGCACAGGAGAUCAAAACAUUCCCCAAAAAGAUUUUCCCACGUCAUUAAAAAAAAAACAAAAAAAACAGGAUUCAUAUCAAAUAGUUUAUCGCUGAUAUUUCCCGUAGCUGAACUAGUACAUAUACACUCACAGUGUCAUCGUUGUGCUCGUGUACUACCCUUGUUGAGUUGGACUUGACUUUUACAGACGACACGUGUCCGUGGCAAACCUUGGAAAUGAGCAAAACUGUAUUCCCUCGCCGGUUAACGUCGAACAAGGUGGGCGCAACAAACGUCCAAAAGCAAAAGCAAAAUGUCACAAUAAAUGACCUCAUAUUUCGUGUCGUCUGUCGGACAUUUGACUGAAAAAUGUCACUUGACUGAAUCGAGACUAAAGUCACUCUAUGGUCAGCUCAUUUUUCAGCGACUAAAAAAAGAGCGUCGCUUGGAAAUAGUGUCCUGUAACCUGUAAGGAAGCUGCGGCUGUUUCCCUUUAACCCGAAACUAGCGACCUUACAAAUGAGAAGAAAAACUACCUCUGUGGUUUUCUGUGCAGGUUGAGUCAGGGAGGAGCUUUCGGGUUUCCUCUGCAUUAUCGCGCUUACACAACUGCAUUCGAAGCGAGCAGAUCGUUUGUUCCAGAUUCCAACAAGUUCUCUUUAAUCAGUAAUAUGUCAGCAAGUCCCGUUCAAUUCAUAGGUUUCAUGACGUAUUUGUUUUCAUUGGCGCAGAGUUUCAACAGUCAGCGUUGACUUCCCUUUCACUCGAAACCGCCUCACUCUCACAAUGUCUUCAAACGUGUACAAGUGGCCUUCAUUUGCAUGUUGUGUGCGCGUGUGCGUCCUUCCUCUCUGAAUCCUGCUCUUCGUAUUGUACAAUUGAUUUGAUUUUGAAUGGAAAUAGAAAUAGAAAUGAGGAAGAGUAAAGUUGUUUGUUUGUU